AUGGAUAUACAAAGAUAUGCAAAAGAAAUUGCUAAAACUGAAGCUAUAUAUUAUUUAGGAAUAUUUUAUAAUGAAACACUUCUUAAUAAUAAAUGUCCUGAAAAAAUUAUUUUUGAAAAUGGAUAUAAAAAUUGUGAUGUUAUUAAUACAAGUUUAACAGAUCCAGUAUGGUUAGCUAAACCAAUUUAUGGUUAUGCAGUACCAAUUGUAACAUUUAUAAGUUUAUUAACAAAUUCAAUGGCUAUUUUAAUACUUACCAAUAAAACUUUAAGAACACCAACAAAUCAUAUAUUAUUAACAAUGGCAACAUCUGAAUUAUGUACAGCUUUCUCAUCAAUGCCAUGGGUUCUUUAUUAUUAUACAUUUGAUGGUUAUAAAAAUGAUUUAAAAUAUGGAAUGCCACCAUUUUGGUGUAAAUAUCAUCCUCAUAUAUGGAAAACUAUACCAACAUUAUUUCAUACAAAUGCAAUUUGGUUAACAGUAUAUUUAGCUGUUCAACGAUAUUUUUAUGUUUGUUUAGCAUAUAAAGCUCAAACAUAUUGUACAUUAAAAAAAACAAAAAUAGUUGUAUGGUUAAUUUUUGUAGCAAGUACUUUAAGUGUAAUGCCAAGUGUAUUUACAGAAGAAAAUAUUUCAUAUGAAUUUCGGCCAGGAAGAUAUUUUUGUCUUAAAGUAUACUCUGACUUUGUUGAAAUGAUGGGAAUAGGAAAUUUCAUGAUUUUAUCAAUAUCAUCACGAGUUAUACUUGUUCAUGUAAUGCCAUGUAUUAUUAUUAUAAUAUUUACUGCAAAAUUAUUUUGGACAAUUAAUAAACAAGAAAAAAAAAGAAGUGCUUGUAUGCCAACUGCUUAUAAAAAAUUAUCAACAUAUUCACAGUCAAGAAAUCAAAAUAAUGCGUUAUUAAUGACAUUACAAAAUAAAAAUAAUAAUAAUUAUAGAUUAAUGCAAACAAGUACAAGAUUACUAGUUGUUGUUAUAACAAUUUUUAUGAUUAUUGAAAUACCAUUAGCAUUCAUAUUUAUGCUUCAUGUUAUUAUAGUAGUUUAUCAAGUUGAAAUAGAUCCAUUUUGGAGUUAUAUUAAUUGUUUAUUAAUUAUUAGAAAUUUUUUAAUUAUAUUUACAUAUCCAAUUAAUUUUGCUAUUUAUUUUGGAAUGAGUAGUAGUUUUAAAGAAAUAUUUAAAGAAAGAUAUUUUAGAAGGUAUUUUAAAAAGAAAAAUGUCUCAAAUAAUAUGACUAAUUUAUCUAGUAAAAAUAGAAAAUUUGGUAGAUCAUUGGCUAAUAGUCAUUCUCAAUGUACACCAAAAUCAAAUAUAAUUAAAGAGAAGUGCCUUGAUUUUGAUAAAAAAUUAUGUGGAUCAGUUGCUUAUUUAGAUGUUAAUGAUAAUCACAGACGUUCAUCUAUUAAAUAUAGAAAUUCACUACGUAAAGAGAAAAUAAAUAAUGAAUUUUUAAAUAUUAGUCAUAAAAGACUUUCUGUUCCAACAGAUUUUGAACUUAGCAAAAAUGAAGAUUUUUUAACAUCUACUGAACCAUGUUCUAUAAUACAUUAUCAGGAAGAUUGUUAA